GUGUAAGUCAGUAAGUAUUAUUACUUAUCACAUGUUGACCUCGAGGUCAGAGGCUUGGUUCGUCCCAGCAGUAAGCGGCUCUGACUGUACUCCCCCUGGCCACUAGGUGGCGGUAAGGUCUCACGGAACUACGUGGCUGCGAUCGACGUCGGAACCAGGAACAAACUGCCCCGUUGUGAACGAUGGCGCAGGCUAUCGGCGAAACGCCUCAUAACACGUUUACGUGCCAGUUGUGUGGUUUAAGUAGCCCUUACACGUACUACGGACAGAAACCACCAAACACCAGGGCUAUAGUGUUGUUGGAGGAGUGUUUUGUGACCAGGGAUCCGUUUAGCCCAGACAGGGACAAGUUUCUCGUCCUGGGGUCCACCUGUAGCCUGUGCAACACGUGUGUUUGUGUUGGAUCAGAUUGCAGUCUUUUCUACACCAAGCGGUUCUGUAUGCAGUGUGUAAACAAGCACUUGGACCAGUUCCCCAGUCAGAUUCAGACUGAACUUGCCAAGAAGAACCCGAGCCCCAGGCCUGCCGUCUCAUGACACCAGGCGAGAGGAGCUGCUCAGCAACCUCCUAAGCAAUCACAAACAAAUGUGUAAAUAGCCUUUGUCACAAAUAGAUUUUUAUCAGCACGUUUUAUUAAACCCACAUUUAGUCCAACUAUAAACACACCUUACAAAAUAACUAAACAUCCUGUAUUUUAUUACCUUCGCUCCAGGUUAUUAUUAUUUUGAUAGAAAAAAAUUAACACCGUCCACACAGAAAAUAAUUAUUUUUGCCUGCAGCUGGUGAACCAGCCUGGUCUAUUAGCCAGCUAGGAUUUAUAUGUUUUCUAGAGUUUUGUAGACAAACAGCAGGAGUGACUCAUGAUGCCAGGGGUAAUUGAGCACAUUUUCAAUCAUUGUGCAUCCUUGCUGUAUUAAUUUAGGAUAUUGCUGCACAAUAUUAAAACCGUCUUGCCCAUCUUGGCUCAAACCUACAAACAGGUUGUCAUUGUUGUAACUCAGGAACAAUCUGGAUGUAAUGUUAGGAAAAGCACAUUAAACCCAGACUCAUGUUUGCACACAAAUCAAUUUGGUGUCUAUAAUUUGUUUUUAUGAAUCAUUUUUAAUGCACUGGCACAUUUUUGACUUUAUAGCAACAUAUGGUAAAAAAAACAUUUUACAACUCUCAUUAUAGACAUAUUUUGUUGACAGUCACACAUCCUUUAAAAGUACACUUCAAUGCUGACUUCUGCAGAUUCAGAUAUAUUUUCUUUUGUUCCUGUAUUCAGUCACACACCAUGACCUUUCUAUUUGUAACUAACAUUAGAAUCUGCUACAGUUGCGUCAUUUCAGUCGGCUACAUUUCCUAGUGUUACCCUUGUGUGGCUGUUUGCAGAAUGGACACACAAAAGCAAUAAACAUUGCUCCAGCACAGAAGAAUCUGCACAAUACGACUGGGAAACAUCUGGUGGAGAAGUCUCAACUCUGGCUAAGACUGAAAGGAAAGUUCAGCAGCACAGCAAUGUCUUAUCGAACUUACAGUAUUUAUUUUGUCUUUUGAAGUUGUGAGAUGUCACAUUUACCACCUAAAAUGUUCCCUUGCCUGACUUCACACCUACUUUGAUCAAACUGAUAUUUUCAUCUCUGUGAUCACGCUGCACACUUUGCAGCCGCAUAAACACAUUAUGGAUUAAAUGUGAUCUUGGCGAUAACAUGAUAUAACACAUGGCCUUGUCCGUCACAAUAUGUUUUAAUCCUUUCGAGGGCUAAUUGAAUCAACAUGGCCCAGAGGCACUUACUGGUAUGUGCUGUAUUUUCAUGCAGAGUAAUACUGUAGAGGUUCAGUUGGGACGUUUGGGCACAACUAGAGCAGACUGUCAGUGAUGUUUUCACUCGGUAACUGCAGGAUGCGUGUGCAGCUGUGGGAUGCAUGCAAAACAAAGACGGUAGUGGUUUAGUUUUGACAUGAACAUCAGUGAAAACCUAAAGUCAGAAUGCAGAUUGAGAACUCUCAGAUGGAAAUGAAUUGCUUUUUAAAAAUCACAGUCAUCAGCUGAACCGUUUUCAGUUUCAAUUCUAAUCAGGCACAAGCAAUUACAACAAGAGAAGCACACAAAACCACCCAUGCGGCACCAGUGGCGACGUCUGUCAGCGAUAGGCAGCGUGCCAGCCACGGAAGGCUUUCUGCUCUAGGGCUGAUGUCACUGCAUGACUCGGGGAAAUUUGUGGCCCUUUGUCUCGUUUUCCUGCAUAAAAUCUCUCAUUAGUGUCCUUGUGUGUAUAUGAAAUCUGAAAAUGUGAAGUCUUUAUACAAAUCAUACUUCAUAAAUUAUGUAACGCAGAAUAUGUAAAGCCUUUUAAUUUGUGUUGUAGUAUUAUAAAUACUACAAAAAUUAAUUAAAGCAAAUUUUUACGGA